AUGAUCAACGCCGUUCUUGUAUUCAACAAUGCUGGGCAGCCACGUCUGACCAAGUUCUACACUCAGAUCGACACCCAAACAAAGCAAUCGCUGAUCGGCCAGAUCUAUAAACUCGUUUCGCAGCGGCCCCCAAGCGCCUGCAACUUCCUUCCACUCCCUCCGCUUCUCUCGCAGGGAGCGCGCUCCAACGUCGAGAAUGGCCCCUCCGACGCGCCCACCCAAAUCACCUACCGCACGUACGCCACGCUGUCAUUCAUCAUGAUCUCCACGUCGACCGAGUCGCCUCUUGCGCUUAUCGACCUGAUCCAGGUAUUCGUGGAGGCGCUGGACCGCAUGUUCGAGAAUGUAUGCGAGCUAGACCUCAUCUUUGGAUACGAGACGAUGCAUGCGGUGUUGAGUGAGAUGAUUGUCGGCGGUGUGGUGGUAGAAACGAAUCUCGAGAAGAUUGUAGCGGCGGUGCGAGAACAGGAGGGAUCUCUAGGGAAAAAAAGGGCUAUUCAGGCAGCAAGCGCGGCUGGGGUUGGGCGCGGUGGGAUCCCCGGGUUAGGGGGAUGGAGGUAA